CUCCCUGACAUUGACACACAGGGCGCCUUAGGACCGGGUGACGGAAACCAGCAGGCAGUCAGAGUGGAUUGUGUGGUCCCUGUACUGGAGCUCCAGACCCCCACCAGUUCCAGAAGCCACAGCCACCCCACUGGAUGGACAGAUACAGCAACAGUACGAGCAAUGAGAGCUGUGGAUCUGUUUGAUGCUGUUUGGAACAGAGGAUUGAAGUUGAUCAAGACACUCAUUUAGCUUUUAUUUAGUCAGGACAUCUUGAGAGACAUUCUUGUCUUAGUGAGAGAGCAGGACUGCAGCAGACCACUGAGAGCGGGAAACAUAUCCCUACCGGACAGAGCAGACGGCGGCCAUUUCAAGGGACGCGGAACCAGACUUACAAAAGUCAUUCCAAUCAAUGAGGUCCAAGUCUUCUUGAACCCUGGGAGGAGAUUCUGAAGAGUGGCUUUAAUUUGUGGGCUAUAUCGUCAAUGUGGAACAGAGGAAGUGUCACUCUGGAAUCACUGAUUGAUAUGUGGUAGAGACGACCGUGUGACAUAAUCUACAAGAGACUUCUACUACGGACCCCAUUUGUUUUGCCCAUCAGAGUGAGAAGAAGGGACUGAGACAGACGCAGGAAGCCAACAUGGACAUAUUCGGUGGUGCCCCCCGUGUACUGGGCUACUCACGCCCCGUGGCGGCACAGUGUGGCACGGACGCCGUCCUGCAAUGCAAGAUCGGCGGCGACCCUCGUCCUGAGGUGGUCUGGGAGAAGAAGAAUGUACAGAUCCUGUCAGAGGGACGCUACAGGCUGUCGGAGGAGGGCCAGGCCUACUUCCUACACAUCACUGGGGUCGGGCUGGAGGACGCUGGCCAGUAUAUCUGCAAGGCCAGUAACAGCGUGGGUGAGACAUGCGCCCCUGCCACACUGAAGGUGGAGAGGAACAGUCAGGAGCGGCAAGGAGCGCAGAAACAGACAGAGGUCAAUGGGGUGCAGCAAACCAGGCUGGAGAAUGGAGAGUUAGGGGGGCAACGGAAUGGGGAGUUGAGAAGGCAACAGAGCAGCGAGUUGGAGGGGCAACAGAACCAGAAUGGGGAAUAUAGACAGCAAGAGAACAGGGAAUAUGGAGGGCAACAGAAUGGAGAGAUAGAACAGAGGAAUGGAGAGGUAGACCAACAGAGCGGAGCGGUAGAGAAGGAAAAUGGAGAGGAGAGUGAGCGGGAGAAAAAGAAGCAGCGCUAUCAAGGGGAGCCCCUGCUGUCAGACGACAGACCUCACUUCCUCAUCAAGCCCCUCUCCCUGAGGGUGGACCGGGGCGAGGACGCAGCCUUCUCCUGUAAGCUGUCGGGCAACCCUCUGCCCCAGGUGGUGUGGGAGAAGGACGGGAAGAAUCUGAGCGACAUCUUCGAGAGCGCCCACUUCAACGUCAGCAGCCAGGACGGAGGCUGGUUCCAGCUGAAGAUCUUCCGGACGCGGAUGCCCGACGGGGGUGUCUACACCUGCAGAGCCCAUAAUAAUCAAGGAGGGGCGCUGGCGGGCGCAGUGCUGCUUGUGGAGCUCGUCCCGGAACGGCAGGAGAGCGGGGCGUCCACGUCAAAUGGGCACAGCAACGGGCAGACAUCACCUCGUAGUAUGAGGCACAUGAUGGGAAGACACGGUUUGUCGAGACAGCCGGACGAGCCCAAUCUGAACUCUGCCAAUGUGAAGAAAUUUGCGGUGUCGGAGGGGAAACAUGCUAAGUUCCGCUGCUUCGUGACAGGGAAACCUAAGCCUGAGAUCAUCUGGAAGAAGGACGGAGCGCCCCUAGAGGCUGGGAGGCGUCACCUUCUGUUUGAGGACAGAGAGGGUUACUACACGCUCAAAGUGAUGUACUGUAAACAUCAGGACACAGGGCUGUACGUGUGUGCUGCGUCCAACGCUCUGGGACACACCCUCAGCUCUGUUUACCUGACUGUCAAAGGUAGGGCUUUAGCAGUGUUUCAGGACUUUUCUUCUCUUUUCUUUUCUUUCUUACAGAUGUAGGAUCUUAAUUUGAGCUAGUUUCCUACAGCAGGAAAAUAAUCCUGCAGCAACAGGAUUUGUGAAUUAUUAUGUGGAUUAUAAUUAAUGGACAUUUUUCAUAAGGAAAAAUCAAGUCUUGAAUUUCAAAGUGGAAAUUACAAAUUUCAGAAGCCUUUUAAACCUCAAAUACACUAC